UUUACAACACGCAUCAGAGGAAUAUUAAACUGCACAACUAGUCUUUGGACUGCAAACAGUCGCCUUUGGCAGUGAGAUAUCGUCUCUUCUUCAUCCACCGGCGCUACUAGCCUUGUCUGCAGUGGGCUAACGUGCGUGUUAUCCAGCGAAACCACUACAUUAAAGCGCUGAAGUGACGACGUGUUUAGUGAGCAGCUAGCAAUGGUGCAAGGACGAGCGUCAUCGAAUCAGAGUGAAAGACCUGUGUGGACUGAAGAACAGAGGAGAGGAAAAUGGUGUGAUAUCUGUGCUGUGUGGCGGAUGCUCCUCUGAAAUUUGGGUCGCUUCCCGUCGACAAACAUGGAGGAUUCGUCACAUGACCGCACCUCUGAUCUGGUGGAAGCCAAGUCUGGCCCUUUUCACAAGCAGCCUCUCUGUGCUGGAUUUCUCUGCACAUGCUGUCAAACCCUGUACACCAGCAAACAUGACUUGGAUCAACACAUUGUCAACAAGGGACAUGCAAGCAAAAGUGAAAAGAGCAAGCGCAUCUCUGGUUCAAGUCCGGGUCAGACGCUUCAGGACAGCACACAGCUUUUGGAUUCAUCGGGUUCAGUCCCACAGCAUCACAUUACACCCCCAACAAGUCCAAAUGCUUGUGUUGUGACAGAUGAUGGAGUUUCUGCAACAGAAAAAUGGGAAGUAGCUGGCGCUCGCAGCGACUGCCAGAAGACGUUCACCUCAGAGGCCACCAGGGAACAACAUGAAAGCCAUGUUCAUGCGCGGCACCUGGGCGACACAGACUUUGAGACGAGUCCUUGCAUGACAGUUGGGCAGGAAGCAGAGCUUGGUGUCGCGCCAGCUGCUGCUGAGGAGAAUGAAAGACGGCACACAAAACAAUACAUGCUGGAUGUCUCCAGCAGCAUCUCUGACAGUCUUGGCUUUUACCCUGAUGGAAAGGUCAUCUCAUCGAACACAGUUGGUGUGUGUGAAGAGACUGACGUUCACUCGGUCGAGGUUGAUGUCUUGAUAGCGGACCCUGUAGAGUCCAACAGUGAGUCGUGCCUGGAGGCAGCAACUAAAAGACAGACUGCAGCGCCACCUCUCUUACCAGAAACUGAACUCAGAGCUGAAACAACAACAACAACAACACCAUCAUCAUCAGUGGCUUCAUCAGGGGGAGCCUCUGAGACAAGAGAAGUCCAGAAGCACCGGCCAGUCUUUCCUUUUGAAAAGCUAAAGCAGCUCUUGAAAAAGCAAGACAGUCUUAAACAGACCGUUAAUGUCGUCGCUGAAGGCCAAAGCUCCUCUGCCUCCCUUCCUGCUGGAGGCGGGAGGUUCAAAAGGAGGACUGGCUCGCCACAAGGUUCACCACAGCCCUCAUCGAGUGAGGGAACAGUCGAUGUUGUCACAGAAGACUGUGCUGCUGCCAGCAUGGAUGAUUUUGGGACUCAACCGGAGUGUUCUGUCGGUGAGACGGAGCGCACACCUCAGCUUGUGGAGGAGCCAGUGGAGAGUGCACCUGCUGAUGUCAGCAGUAAGUCAUGUAACCAGCAACCUCUGGAUCUGUCCAGCACAAUGAAGCGAGGUGACGCCGGUGACCCUCCCAACUCGGCACUGGAUCUGAGUCUGCAGAAGAAGAGUGUGGUGGAGUCGGAAUUCCUGUCCAAUUUAGUCCUCCAGGCAGUUUUACGGGCAGAAGGGAAGACCAGCUCCUCGAUGUUUGAGAAGUGCCCCCUCGGUGUCAGCGAAGAAAGUCUACCUCCGGUGAAUCCUGAAGCCAGUUUGCUUCCUGACCUGACCUUAGUGACGGGUCCGGAGAUGGCAGACCCGGGACUGGUGUAUGGACUGGCACUUCCCUCCAGCUCCCUGACCCCUCUUCCCAUCCCUUCUUCUCUCUCCCCGGUUGCCUUACAGCCUGCGCCCCCGUGCACGAUCACGUUCGCCCCGCCCGGCUUACACAGCGUGCUCUCCACGCCGCCCUCAUUAUUCACAGUGCUGACGCCGUCGCCGCUUCUGCCAAACCCCCCAAACCAGCCCAUCCAAGUUCUGUCUUCGAAUAUAUCCCCGGAGCCCCUAGUGGUGUGCACUGAAAAUGCAUUGAACCCAGCAGAGUGUGAUUUAACAAACACUUUCAGCGGCUCGAACCCGGCAAACCUUGUAACCCUCUCCCAGACACUGGACCCUUCCUUGAAUCUGCCUGUGAUCCUCGCCGAUCAAAUCACGCCCAUGAUUGAAACCUGUUCCGUUUCUCAAGUGCCAUUUCCGCCCGCUCUGGCUUUGAACGACUCCCUCAUGAAUUCUUACAACAUAACCAGCAACACUGUGUUGAUCGAGUGCACCAUCGCACUGGACGCCCCCGCCGAUGUGUUCCCGCCUGCUAGCACACAAGAAAACACUGCAGAGAAUCCCGGAACACAGAUGGUUGUCAAUCACAUCGAGCAGGAGCAGAUUCUGUCUCUGCCCGGCCCCUCAGAUGAAGCUCCAGUUUUACUCUCUUCAACUGCAGAGUUGGUGUCCAGCACUGCUGUGUGUGAGUCGACUCCUGAAGCAACUGAGUCCACCGUGACACCCAGCAGUCCUGACCCACCGCCCGUUGGUGACCCAAGCGAACUAGCAGCUGCACAUACACCAGUCCAGAAUGAUGAAGGACCCGAGGACCCUCCGGUGCUCACAGCCCAGUGUUCACCCUCGCCAGAAACGUAUGACCCAGAGGAAUCCCAACACGAGGCAUCAAGUGACCCCCAACCGCAGACCUUUACCAAAAACUUUGUCUGCAAUGUGUGCGACCAGCUGUACCAUUCAAUGAAGGAACUGGGCCAUCACGUCAGCAGCCAUGCCGAAGAGUGGCCCUUCAAGUGUGAGUUCUGCGUGCUGCUCUUUGACAAGCCAGCGACGCUGCUCAACCAUCGGUCGAGCCUACACGGCGUCGGAAAGACCUAUGUGUGCAGCGCGUGCGCGAAAGACUUUGUCUACCUCAGCAAUCUGAAGCAGCAUCAGGAGGAGUUGCACCCUGGCAAGACCUGCAGCUACACGGAGGAGGAGAUGGGCAAGCUGCGGCCGCAGAACUACAACACCUUAACAAAAGCCACCACAGAUUCCACAGCGGCUGCUGUCCCGGAGAAGCCACCCAAACCUGUAAAGAAGGAAGAGGAUCAGGUCAAGGUGGCAGCUGAAGAAUUGCUAACAACCAUCAAAAUCCUGGCCGCGAAUGAGGAUAAAGUGCCGGAUGUUCGGCUUGGAAUAAACCAGCACUAUCCUAGCUUCAAGCCGCCUCCCUUCCCGUAUCAUAACCGCUCACCUGCCGGCUCAACGGCUUCUGCGACUAACUUCACCACUCACAACAUCCCUCAAACCUUCACCACGGCUAUCCGCUGCACCAAGUGUGGCAAGAGCUUCGACAACAUGCCAGAGCUGCACAAGCACAUCCUGGCGUGCGCCAACGCCAGUGACAAGAGGAGAUACACGCCCAAAAAGAAUCCCAUCCCUUUACGCCACUUUGCUAAGUCCCAAAACGGUGUUCUGGCGACCACUAAUUCCUCAAACGAAUUUAAUGCUCCGAACAGAGCCAGCCAGUCCAGCCGGUCCAAACAUCAGGAGGAGUCGACAGUCAAGGAGAAGCUGAGAAUGCUGAACAGACGGAAGAAGAAGUUAGCACAGAGGGUCCUUCCUCACCGGAACAAGGCCAUCACCUCCACGAACAUAGAGCUGCCGGCUCAUGAGGUCUUCCCGUGUCCACGCUGUGGCAGGGAUUUCAGCAUGCGGCGCAGCCGAACCAAACACAUGGCCGUAUGUCUCAAAAAGUCUGAGGAGGCCAAGGCAAGGAAGGACGGCGAGAUCUCCGUGACGAAGGAGAACGAUCAGUGCCUGCAGGUCAAAGGAGCACAAACCUCCUCUCCACACAAGACCAGACUCCAGACAUCCGCUCCUGCCAAAAGACCGACCGUCCAAGCAGGACUCGACGUCUCGCCCCACAAGAGAAGCAAGAUGGACUCAGACAGCCCCCAGCCCAAACCCGAGUCGCCGUCUCUGAAUGAACUUCAAGUGACUCGCACCUUUCACCCGGCGAUGCGCCAGUACAGCCGCAUGAGGCACGGCGUCAAAGACCUCCCCAUUAAACUCUCCAUAGUGGCGCCGCAGCAAAACAAUCAAGAGGAGCUGCCAGCAACUCAGACUGGACGGGGGAGUGGGAUCCUUCCAUGCAGCUCCACACAAAGUACAACAGCUUGACUGUCAUCCAGCUCCUGGUCAGGACUGUCCUGGAUGCCUCCAUGGAUUAUCAUACUGUAAAUCCUAGACUGACUUAAGGACUCAAGGUGCGCCUCGACAUCCUGCUGACAUAUAUAUAUAUAUAUAUAUAUAUGUGUAUAUAUAUAUAUAUUCUGUGAACUGCUUGGAUUUGCACUUCAAAGUUAAAAUGAUGGUGACGUGUCAUGUUUGGGAAGGGGACGUGGCUGGUGUCCCAGGAGGACGAGCGCCUUGAGACACUUGUCCGUCAUGCAUUUGCACUUUUCCUGCUGAUAUCUCUCUCUCUCUUCAGAUGACAAUACCUGCAUGCUUUGACUGCACAUUCACUUGAUGUUGUCGGUUCAAUCUGGCCUUAAACCCUGAUUCAGAUCGAUGCCAUGACAUGUUUGUCAGCAGCUUUUCAAGUGAAGGAAGCCCUGAAGUGUCCACACUGCAUGAGUUAUUCAACAAUUGAGAUGUAAAUAAUAAGCUAUGUUUAGCUUUAACAAAACCUUUGAUGAACCUGUCACACCUGAUAACAUCCGGCCGGUCUCCCCCAGACUCUUACUUUCACACACUGGUACUUUUGACUCUAAAGCCAAGGCAGACAGCUGUGGUGUCACUGGGGCAUUGUGAACAUAGAUUUGUAGAAGUAUAACACACUGCUGCAAGAUGUCCGAUAAAAGAAUUGAAUGUAUUAUUUGGUGUAAAUUAAGCUUAAAUUCUGCUGAACAAGAACGGCUUGCCGCCGAACGAUGACUGUGGCAUUAAAGGGAUGAACGUGUGAAGGACGAGACUCUCGUCUGUUGGCCUUCUGGAAUGAUUCAGUUGUGAAAUGUGAAUGUUGUUUGACCUCAAAAUUGACCGAUUUAAAUGUGCUUCAUUAUUAAACAGGGUAGCGCCACCUUUCGAAUCACAUGUACCAUGAUGUCGCGCACAUUUACUUGACUACUUGAGCUGCUUGUGUUUGGCUCGUGUGUUUUGGUUGUACAGGAAGACUGUUAUUUAACUGUGAAAAGUGCUCGUAGCAUUUCAAAGUGUAAACAGACUCGUAUAUUUAUAAUUGUCAAGCGUUCAAUGAAGUUUGAUUUGCACUAAACGUUUUUUUUUGUUCUUUUCAAUCGGAGUGUUUAAUUAAAUGCUGAAUCUAAAAGUGCAAACGCUUGU